AUGUCCGGCUCAGAGGACUUCCUUCAAGGCAAAUAUAACAAGACAUCACAGAGGAAAAGAACCAUAUUCACUGAUGAACAGCUUGAAGACUUGAACAUCUUGUUCACUAAGAACCCGUACCCAGACCGUGAACUGCAGGUAGAGGUAGCCUCCAAAAUGAACAUAGACCCCACGGUGGUGCAGGUCUGGUUCAAGAACCACAGAGCAAAACUCAAGAGAGCAAAAUGCACUCAAGUUCCACCCCCACAGGAAGCUCAGCACCAGAGACCCCUGGAGGACCCAGUCACACCCGACUCCUUCCAGGCGCCAGUGGAAGCACCAGCCAGAUACCCUGAAGACGCCUACCCCCAGGGCCUGGCUUACCCAUACCACGUGGCGCCCUCGCUGCACCUCAGCAUCUACCCCAGGCUCAAAGUCCCCAGGGACCCCUCUGGAGGACACCAAAUCAUCCACUUCGGCUGCUGUCAAGACACCACCAUAUAG